ACUGCGCUGAUUGGCUGCGAGGCGCCGGCCGCGUGUGAUGUCCCGGGCAGCGAUUGGCUCUCGCCUGCUGGGGGCUUCUCUCACGGGGACUCGGGACUCCCGGGAAGUGGACUGGGCAGAGGAGGGGGCGAGCUAGCUGUCGCUCCGGACCAAGGAGGAGACCCCGGUGUGAGGCGGCCUCUCAGCGCCGGGUGGUCUGGUGAGCCGACGCGGCGGCGGCGGAGGCUCUGAGGAGCGCGUGGGCUAGGGACCGGCACAGAGGGCGGCACCGAGAAACCAUGGCCCCGCAGAACCUGGGCACCUUCUGCCUGUUGCUCCUGUACCUCCUCGGGGCCGUGAUCGCCGGGCGAGAUUUCUAUAAGAUCUUAGGGGUGCCUCGCAGUGCCUCUAUAAAAGACAUUAAAAAGGCCUACAGGAAACUAGCGCUACAGCUUCAUCCUGACCGGAACCCUGAUGAUCCUCGAGCUCAGGAGAAAUUCCAGGAUCUAGGUGCUGCUUAUGAGGUUCUGUCAGAUAGUGAGAAACGGAAACAAUAUGAUACUUAUGGUGAAGAGGGAUUAAAAGAUGGUCAUCAGAGCUCCCAUGGAGACAUUUUUUCUCACUUCUUUGGAGAUUUUGGUUUCAUGUUUGGAGGAACUCCUCGUCAGCAAGACAGGAAUAUUCCAAGAGGCAGUGAUAUUAUUGUAGAUCUAGAAGUCACUUUGGAAGAAGUAUAUGCAGGAAAUUUUGUGGAAGUAGUUAGAAACAAACCCGUGGCAAGGCAGGCUCCGGGCAAACGAAAAUGCAACUGCCGGCAAGAGAUGCGGACUACCCAGCUGGGCCCAGGUCGCUUCCAGAUGACCCAGGAGGUGGUCUGUGACGAGUGCCCUAAUGUCAAACUAGUGAAUGAAGAACGAACACUGGAGGUAGAAAUAGAACCUGGGGUGAGAGAUGGCAUGGAGUACCCCUUUAUUGGAGAAGGUGAGCCUCAUGUGGAUGGAGAGCCAGGGGACCUGCGGUUCCGAAUCAAAGUUGUCAAACACCCAAUAUUCGAAAGGAGAGGAGAUGAUUUAUACACAAAUGUGACAAUCUCACUAGUCGAGUCUCUGGUGGGCUUUGAUAUGGAUAUUACUCACUUGGAUGGCCACAAGGUACAUAUUUCCCGGGAUAAGAUCACCAGACCAGGAGCCAAGCUAUGGAAGAAAGGUGAAGGGCUCCCCAACUUUGACAACAACAACAUCAAGGGCUCUUUGAUAAUCACUUUCGAUGUGGAUUUUCCAAAAGAACAGUUAACAGAGGAAGCAAGAGAAGGUAUCAAACAGCUACUGAACCAAGCAUCAGUGCAGAAGGUAUACAAUGGACUGCAAGGAUAUUAAGAGUGAAUAAAAUUGGACUUUGUUUAAAAUAAGUGGAUCAGCGAUAUUUAUUAUCUACAGGGGUUUUUUUGUGUUGUGUUUUUGUUCUUAUUUUCAAUAUGCAAGUUUGGCUUAAUUUUUUUCUCCUAAUGAUUGUCAUGAGAUGAAUUAAGAGGGCUUAAGAAUUUGUCCAUUUGUGUUCAGAAAAGAACGACCAGCAAAAGGUUUAAUAAUACCUCUCCCUUUGGGGAUUUAAUGUCUGGUGCUGCUGCCUGAGUUUCAAGAAUUAAAGCCGCAAGAGGACUCCAGGAGCAAAAGAAACACAAUAGAAAGGGUUGGAGUUAAUUGUUAGCUAUUUCAUUCAAAAUGCCAACUGGAGAAGUCUGUUUUUAAAUACAUUUUGUUGCUAUUUUUUUCUUGA